AUGUGGUCGAAGUUGAAGGGCGCAACUCGCAGCUUUGUCGGGCCGGCAUAUUAACUUUAAGUGGGCCACAUAAGCGCUGCAGCGUCAGCAUCACCGAUCACUCCAAACGCGCAGGCGCGGGUGUGGUCUCAUCAUCUCUCUCCGCCAUGUCGGCGGCUUACCUGCGGCACCCACGUUAUGUCGUGCUAAUACUAGUGGCUCUUGUCUUCACUCUUUACCUCGUGGGGCCCUUCGAUGCGCCUCCACCUCCCGUACACGUCCACGAGCAUAUCGAGGAUCCCGACCUCCCUCGGCGCAUUGCCGAGUCGGAGAGGAUAUACAGCAAGGUCCUGCACGAACGCCAGGCGCUGAUUCAGAAAUUCGGCCCGCGUCCCAGUGACAUAUCUCUCUUCCCCGCAAACAAGGACCCUUGGCCUGCAUACACCGUCUGGAGCUUCUUUCCCGCCGCAUUCAAUUGUCCACACGAAAUCCAGCGACUGGGCGCGUUGGGCGACGGAGGAAAGUGGGUGUGCGGGAUCACCCGGUUGGAGACCAAGCCCAAUUGCGUCAUAUAUUCUUUCGGGAACAAUCACGAAUCUUCGUUCGAAGCGGACAUCCUGGCGAACACGGAACACUGCGAGGUCUGGGGCUACGACUUUUCGGUCAAGUCUUUUGGACCCGAAAUCCGCCCGUAUGCGAAGCGAGCGCACUUCCGACAGUAUGGCCUCGCCGAGAGGAACGCUCAUGGACCGGGUGAUCACCUCAAGUUGUACACCCUAGAGACUCUGAUGGAGUUGAAUGGUCAUACUCACAUCGACUUUCUGAAGAUUGAUAUUGAACGCUGGGAAUUCGAUACAAUGGCUGCACUGCUAAAGCCAUAUCUCUCGUCUGGCAAACCUCUGCCGUUUGGACAGCUGUCGAUGGAGAUACAUCUCUGGGGGAUGUCGUUUACCGACUUUCUUAGCUGGUGGGAAACACUAGAGCACGCGGGACUCCGGCCUUUCUGGAGCGAGCCUAAUCUUAUCUACACAAAUUACAACCGAGGAAGCAGCAGUGAACUGGCGUCGUACACUUUCCUCAACAUCAAAGGUGACAAUAUCUUCAUCACGGAUCCAUUACCCGUCGCGGGCGAUACAUAGUCAUGUUCAAAAUGUAAACAAAUUUUGAGCCAAGUCCAUGAGGGAGAACCGCACGUGAACUGAAUCACGUGCUCACGCACGGACCACCACAUCAAACGUAUAAGUUCCAGCGCUGAACAAAGUGGAUCUUUACCACUCUGGCCUUUUGGCUUAGAUCAAGUGUAGUAUCUGUUCUUAAUAGUUUAACCACUAUUAGAGGGACACAGUCCCUUCUAUUUGGUUAUCUAAUUUUUGCCGCCCUUGUCUUUCUGCUCUGCUUGCAACAGAAGGACGCGAUGACCUUGCCGCUGCACUACUGGCUUGCGUCGUCGGGGGUCCACUUUUUUUGCGUCCUCCGGUGGGCUAACCCUAACCCUAGCUGAUGGAUUACACAGCUUUUAGCUUUGCUACAUACAUCAAUUACAUCGUCCAUCUCCAGUUCAUUGUCGCGAUCCUCGCACAGCUAUGCCUGGUCGGACGAUCACAGUCAUGACAACGGUUGCUCUUGAAACUCGUGCUGGAACUCGCGGAGCUAUCGAGUCAAACAGCACUCCAUGUUCUGCAAACAGCUUUGAGUGCUGUUGACGGGGCUGUGUUGAGCCGACUCGCGUCUUCGCGUGUUCUUGCUAUCCGGAUAGACGCGCCGAUACGGCGACGGACCGUACGGCCUUUGUUGUCCAUGUUGGCUCGUACGGGGACGCGGCAAAUUCUUGUCACCGGGAUCGCAACCCGCGAGUGCAAUCCCGCUAUCAGCCCCGAGUCAACUCAUUCGACUUGACUCGCCAGCACUCCAGCACACGCGUCCACAGUGGACCUCGGGCCGGAUCUGCACACGCGUGCGCGCACAGGAUGAAGCAAAAUAGACUGCCCUCGCUGACGUCGAUGACACGGAAUAACGUCCGCAUCUCGAGACGGGACGAUCUUGUCAACUGCGACAUGUAUCAGUAUCAGACAAAGAUGGCUCAGGAACUUGGAUGAAAAUCCGACACUGCCUGCCUGCAUCGUCCGUCCUCAUCAGCUGCUGUGGCGGAUCAGCCAUCCAUGCAGUGUCUUUUUUCUAACGGAAUCGGACCGACAAGGGUGCCCAACUGGAAUAUAAAACGAGUCACCAUUUUGCACUUCCAGUCAUCCCAACUCAUCUCCCAUGGACUCCCAGACCGCCCUCAAAGCCAAACAGUUCUACGCCUCUGCGCACUUUGCCGUGGUCGGCGCCUCAGCCGACAGCUCAAAGUACGGAUCGAAGAUUGUCGCGUUUCUUGCCGACCGUCAGAAAGAUGUGGUGCCCAUCAACCCCAACAGAGCAGACGUCCGUGGCCUGAAGUGCCUCAAGAGUCUGUCCGAGCUGCCUGAUCCAACCCACACCUCUGUCUGCAUCGUCGUCCCCCCUGCAGUCACGCUGCAAGUCCUCCAGCAGGCCAAAGCCCUAGGUAUCCCCUCGCUGUGGCUGCAGCCCGGCGCAGAAGACGAUACGGUCCUCAAAUUCAUCGAAGCAGACGCUGGCUUCGAGUCGCACUGUCUGUACAGUACGACAGCUUUGCAUCAGCAUCCCCUGUCGGCAAGCCACACAUCGGUGUCCUUCGAAGCCAAGAAGAACCGCUUCUUUGCCGCAAAGAAAUUUGCAGUCGUCGGUGCUUCAGCAGACGAGAAAAAAUUCGGGACCAAGGCUCUCCAAUAUCUUAUCAAAGUGCACCGAGACGUUGUGCCGAUCAACAUCACGGCUUCUCACAGCCAGGGUAUCCCGUGUCUCAAGUCCCUGGCAGACCUGCCGGAUCCGACCAACACCAGCAUCUGCAUUGUGAUCCCACCCAAGGUCGGUCCCAAUCACCGCACGAUCUUACAUCCCAAACUGAUUGAUGAUGAUAAUCAGGCCACUCUCCAAGUCGUGCAGCAGGCAAAGCAAUUGGGGAUCUACGCCCUCUGGAUCCAGCCUGGGGCAGAGGACGCCGACGUCGUCCGCUUCAUCGAGGCGGAUCCCGAAUUGGAAGCGCGCUCCCUCUUCCGGCAGCACCCACUCCCCACAGUCGAGCCCAACCCGGCCACUGGCAUCCAUGACCCGAUUGACGUAUCCCCGCCCCCGGCCCCGCCCCAACCACCCGUGCGUGUGAUUGCCACCCCACCAGAGAGCGUCAACACUGUCGUGCUCAAACCGAUGGUCAAUCUUGUGGCGGCCCCCUUCGAUGAGCCGCCGCCCUCCAAGGAUCAGCCGUCGCCGUGCAUGAUCGCCAUUCCUCCCGAGAGCGUCAACACUGUCGUGCCCAAACCGAUGUUCAAUCUUGUGGCGGCCCCCUCCGAUGUGCCGUCGCCCUCCGAUGAUACGGGGCCGCCGUGCAUGAUCGCCAUUCCUCCCGAGUCCGUCGAUAUUCCGGCCCUGCCGAAAAUGAUGCCCAUCGCGGUCUGA